GAGGACAGUAUCUCGAUACUCCAACAGGACACGCAGUUAAUCGUGUUCCUCAAAAAUCGAGAGCAGGGCAAGCCAGCCUCGGAAGACUGGAGCAUAGUGCAGGCUCUCUUUUUGGUAGGCAAGCACUGGCGGGAACAAAAAGAGAAGUCGCCCAGCCAGGUGACACAGCCUCUGAGAGUGGUGCUACUGGGCUCGAUGCUGGACGCCAUGCUGAAUCGGGUCAAACAGCUCGAAACCGACCCGCAGCUGAGAGAGGUGGCAGAGAAGAGGGGACUGGUGGACAAGAAGGAGUAUGCGUCGUCGGACCAGCCGCACCUCACGCUCAAGGAAGUGACGGAGUCGCUCGCCACCUUGAAGAUGCUAACGGUCCACCCGCGUGUGAUUUCCCGCUUUCACGCUAUGCGGAAGCUGACAGCGGAAAUGACGUCCGAAAUCGUCCCGUUCACGCUCGAGAUUCAAAACCGGUCUCAGGAAUCUCAACAGGCCUUCUACCUGCUCGGCAAGAUCAGCAGAAACUCGUGCACCCACCUUAUAUUGGCCACUCUGAGGCCAGCCAAGCUCGGCAGAUCGCCACUGGCGAACACAGUCGACCGUCUGCUUCAAGACUUGUAA